AUGUUUUUAUGGCAACGCAAUGCUGCAUUGGAGACUCAGGAACGUGUACCAUGGGUAGCCCCUGACGACGCUGAAGGAAGUGAUGUCGACGUGAGCCCUUUGGACAUUGACAGUGAUGAUGACGACCCUACCUACGUUCCUGACGAAGGCCUUACUCAGGACGAUGCCUUUGACCCUCCUAACUCUAGAGCUCGCAAGGUCAAUGUUGUUGUCCCUCAAGCGAUGCCUAUGGAAGAGGAAGGUGAGCCUAACCCUAAGAGGUCUCGUGCUGAUGAAUGGAGAAGGAAAGACAUUGAUAUCCGUGCCCUGCCCAAACUUCAUUCAUCAGAAGCCUGA